CACGAAUCCAGAUCUUGAUGGACCUCCCUCUCGUGGCUUUGGUCCCCAACGUCCACCUCGCCAUGCCGCUUCAAGUCACCUUACCAAUGGAGAGAUCCUUUGAUGCUACACCAGGCUUCAACGCGUCCGAAUCUUUAUACAAGCCUGUCCUAGACGAUGGCCAAGAAGACGGCAACAAUGCCAUGGACCGUUGCAUUACGCUCUCCCCAUAUACCAAGGCUCUGUGCAUUAUUGCUGCCCUCAUAUCCCUGUGCCUGCAUCUUGCACUCCGUGCCAUUGCCAGUCGACAAUAAGACGGAUGUUCUUUUUCCUGUGGACACGCAUGCUAGACUACACACAGACCACGCGGGGAUUGAAACCUUGUAGCUGAAUACACAUCGGAAUUUUGGUGCAAUACUUGAUUCCAUGAAGCCAAAGAUGCGUUAGACCUA